UAUAAGAGAAAAUAAUUACAUGCGAGACUAUGUAAAAUGCAUUCAUGUAUGUAUGUUUGUAUGUGUAUGCACACAUGUAUGCAUGCGCGUAGUAAAUGCACGUUUAUUUGGGUUUUUGGAAUUCUUUCCGCCUUGGCUUGAAUGCUUACAUAUUUGAACGCGAAAGUUGGCUUGUUGGUUCAGUCAUUCUAAUUUAGUUACCGCCUGGCAAACUAGUUAGUGCGUGUGUGUCUCCUUGAUCGUCCGUUUCUAGUUAACUCAAUCAAUUCUGGUUUAAAAACAAAUCUGAUUUAAAAACAAAAGAAAAAACAAACUCGUUAAAAAUGGUGGAAACAGUAGUUACCGUUGAACGCAACACUACCACACAAACAUCUACGCCUGUUGGCGGUGGUGGACUCAGCGCAUUAAAAAUCAAUAUCGGCUAUUUUACGACACCGCCUGGCAUAUUGAAACUCGUGCAAUUCGUGCUCGGCAUAAUUUGUAUGGCCCUUGCUUCACCUGCCUACAUCGCCGCCACGUCAUUCUUCCUAUUCGUGGUUGUAAUCUCGUUCAUUGCGACAAUUUUGUGGAUUUUCGCUUAUCUGCUGGGCAUACGUGAAGCUCUCAAUGUGGCCGUCAAUUGGAUAUUCACAGAAUUGAUCAACACUGCGAUCUGCACUCUUUUGUACUUUAUCUCGUUCGUAGUGCAAUUGGCCAAGUGGUCCGGCUAUCCAAGUUCUUGGGGCUAUGGCUCGAAUAUUGCGGCCGGAGUCUUUGGUUGCUUCAACUUUUUGGCCUACGCUGCUGGCACAUAUUUCUUGUAUUUGACGCACAGGAGCGGUGCAAGUUAUUAGACAAAUCAAAAGAACAAAAUUAAGGAAACAAAGAAAAUAAUUAACAAUAAUAAUACAAACAUAAUUAUAAAAUUUGCAAAACAAAAAAAAAAUAUAUAUACUAGUAGCUCACCUCAUAAACUUAUAUGUAUGCGUACCACCAAAAGCACUGAGCACAAUACUUCAUAGCAACAACAACACUAGCUGAAUAUUCAUUAUGUGACAACACCACUGAUGUUAUGCGGGUAAAGUAUAUACUUGUAUGUGUAUAUGUAAGUGAAGCUCAUUGCUGUAAUUAGUCAAAAACGAAAUGUUAUACAAAAAACAAGAAACUAAAAAAUAUAGUAAUUUUAAAGAGUUUUAUUGGUAGUCAACUUCAACUUGAUGUUCAGCAAAAAUUUCAUUUUAGUAAUAGAAAAGAAAAAAGAGAACAUAAAAAUACAACUUUAUAUGUGUAAUUUUAAAUAUAUUAUAUAUCUACAUUUGUACAUGUUAAUCGUUUUUAAAGAUUAUUAACUGCGCUGCCUUAAACAAACUUUCCGCAUUCUGGUAAUUAAUUAAAAAAAUUUCAGAAAAAAUUUACACACAAACUACAAACUGAAUUUUCGACUGUUUACAGACUUCAAUAUUUCUACUUUUAUAUAAAACACACAUACAUACAUACAUAUAUAUGUGUGUAUGUAUGCCUGAGAACUUCAAUUUGCUCAGCAAUCAAAAUAUUUUGUAUUAAUAUUUGUUAUUUAAUCGUAAAGAGACAACAUUUAUGCUAGUAAAAUAUGUAUGUGCGUGUGUGUAUGCAUGCACAUAUACAUAUACAUAUACAUACAUACAUAUAUGAGUCGCAGAAGGUACGAAAUGGGCAAAUAUUGUGUAUUUUUUAAGUACGAUUAUUUUAACUCUGUUUAAUUGUUAAUUUUUAAAGUUAAAAUGAAGAAGUGUUGAUUUUUUACAACAACAACAACUGUGUGCGGUAAAUUUGUAAUUAUGCAAAUUUUUACAAUUGAAAAAAAAAAAAUUACAUGUAAGAACAAAACUUGUGUAAUGUUUUUAAUUAA